CCCGAUGCCUCUUGCCUUAUUACCAGUGUAUUUUGUAGAUGCACGGUCGAGUCUCUCCUGUCUCUGAAGGUGUGUGCGCAUGCAGUCCUUAUAAGACGUGGCCAACUCAAACCAGUAUGCGCAACAUGAUGGUAACAAUUGAGGUAUCGACUGUAAUGGCAACAAAUGGGGGGCGCUGCAAGCGCUGAGAGAACCCGCGCGCAACUUGCGUUCGGACCCAGCACGUCUGCCAACGAUGGCAGCGGCAACGCAAAGCAACGCGGCGCAAAGCCAUUACUACUCGUCGACUGGACAUACAGCAGCGUUAUCGGGGACACAACGCACAGAAGCAGCGUCAAACGGAAGCGCAACGCUGGGCAGGGACCGUCCUACAAGGGCGAAGACGAUGAAGUCCAUGUCCAUCGAGCCGCAGCUGCGCGCUAUGGAAGCCAUUGGCCGUGAGCGGGCGUCUGCGGACUUCAAUGUGCGGGGCCCCCGGCCAGACUGGCACGACACGCGGCCGCACGUGCCGCCGCGGGAGCCGCUGGUGGCAUCAGAGUACAACCCGCGCCUGGACCCGAGCCUGAACCGUGGCUACGUCAAGCCGCGACCCGGCGGCUCCGGACUCAACGGCGCGGCGCGCGUGGCCGUGCCGUCACCCGGCGGCGGCGGCGGCGGCGGGAGCGUGUCCCUGUCAGACAUGCACGGCACCAUGGGCGGCGAGCGCCGCGCCUGGGGCUCCAACAACCCUGCGCCCAUCAACUUUGCGGCUGGCGGCGCCGCCAUUGCGUCAUCCAGCGGCCACCUCGGCGGCGCGUUUGUGGCGGGCGGUGGUGGCGGCGGGCGCAUGGCGCCUGCACCGCUGAGUCCCUUCAGUGCGGACAUUGCUGAGCUGCGGGGCGCGCGGCGGCUGCGGCAGUACAUGAAGAAUGGGGCGGGAGCAGGCACCAGCGAGUCCGGCCUUGAGCUGCUGACGGACCAUGCUGAGGACUGGGGCCAGCUGCGGCAGCACCAGCAGCACCAGCGCCACAUGCAGGAGGCCGCCUGGGCAGACAAGUACGGACUGCCGCCGCCGCCACCACCCGUUGCAACCGCUGCCUCGGUGGCGGCGGCCGGCGGCGGCGGCGGCGCACCCGCGGCAUCUGGUGCGGGUCCAGCGCCAUUGACGAAUGCAGGCUCAGCGCCUGUGGUGUACGUGGCAGGCGCGACGCCGCCGCCGGCAAUGUCCCCCGCUGCAGCACGAGCCGCGAAGGCCGCCGGCGGGCCCUGGAUGCUGCCGGCUACAGCGGCAGCGAUGGCGGCGGCCGCCGCCGCGGCGCCGCACCUGGGCAGCGGUGGGCCGCGCUCCCGGGCCGCUUCUGAGGCCGCGACCAAUCCUGCGCCCGAGCGUAUCGUGCUUGUGCAGUUCCCUGCAAAGGCCGGCGUCGCUGCUGCAGCUGCUGCCGCUACGGCAGCCGACCUGUCCGAAGAUGAUGGCGAGUUCGGGUCUCCCACGUCCCCAGCGGCACGACAGAACCGCCGCGCGAACUCGCUCAUCGUCGGCAGCAGCCGCCACUCGGCGGCAGCCGCCGCAGUGGCGGGGCUGGGAGCGAGCUCCGGCCCUAACUCAGCGUCCGGCGGCGUCGCGGGCAGUGCUGGCGCUGGCACGGCGCUGCUGCACCCUGCCCUUAGCUCGCUGGUGGCGUCGCAAGCGUCAGGCGCGCGUGGCAGCAGCACCGCCCCUGGCGGCGCCGUCGGCGCUGUGGGCCCGGCACUGGUGCCCACAGCCCAGCCAGGCGCAAGCAGCUUCACUGCCGGUCGGCCAGGGCCGCUCCGCGGCGCCAGCACCGCCACCGCGGCGGCGGCGGCCGCCGCCGCGGGCGGCUCCCGCUCCGCCAGCGGCGGCUACAGCGGCAGUGCCGCCGCCCCGGAGCCGUCGCCGCCGCUGCUGCCGCCCACGGGCUCCGCCGCGCUCACCACUGCGGCGGCGGCAGCAGCCGCGGCGGCUGGGUUCGUGGCGGGCGUGGAGCGUGUGCACACCACCUACGCACUGCCAAGCCACGCGCUAACCACGGGGGCCGACAAACUGGACCUGCGCGCGCUUGCCAAUGCGGCGCAGCUGGUCGAGGUGGUGGAGGUGGUGCAGGCGCCGCGGCUGGCGGCAGCGCAGGGCCAGCAGGGGCAUGGGCAGGGGACGGCGGGUCCCAGCCCGCAGCUCGGGGGAGGGCCGCGCAUGCCACGUUUCAGCCAGCACAGCGAGAGCUCGCCCAUGUACAGGCCCACGGCGGCCAGCGGCUCCGGCGCAUCACCGAGCUUCGCAGCAGCAGGCGGCGGGGGCGGUGGGUAUGGGGGCGGUGGCUACGGCAGCGUGUUUGCGGGCGUGCAGGCCCGCACGCGCCGCCACUCGACGUCCGAGGCGCUCAGCGCGCCGCCGGGUAGCCUAAUGGGGCGCGUCCCUGCGCGGGUGGCUACUACGUCGGGGGCCGUGGUGGAGGCGGAUGGCUCAGAGCUGUUGGCUCCAUACGGGGAGGGUCUGGACGGAGAGCCCCUGACGCCGCACGACGGCUGUGAUGGGAACGUCGUUCAGUAUGACGAGGCGGCGACCGCGGAGGAGGAGGAGGAGCGUGACAGCAGCGGUUGUAGAGGCAGUGGCGGCGGCGGGGUUGGCGCUGCCGCAGCAGCGCACGACGCAGCGCUGCACCGCUUCCGGGCCGCCGCCGGCGCGGUGGUGGCGGCGGCGCGCUGGAGGCAGGUGGCGGGCGUGGGCACGCAGGUGACGCCGGGCUCCUUCUCUCGGGUGGCGGAGGUGGCGACGGAUACGGCGGCGGCAGCCAAGCCCCUGGGCAUGGUGCCGGCGCUCGCGACCAGCCGCAGCCAGGUGGUGGUCACGGCGGCGGCCACAAGCGCGGCGGCAGCGGCGACGGCGCCAGCUGUGUCGGGCUCCGUUGUGACGCGGCGGCUCAAGGUGCAGGCCGCGGCGCAGCUGCAGCACCACCACCACAACUCCUGGCCGUCAUCUGGUGAGGGCGGCUCGGAGUCGACGUCGUUGAACGCCACCGCACACAGCGGCACCGGCAGCGGCUCUGACGCCGGUCGACUGCGCCCCAGCGCCUCUAACAGCCUGCGCAGCAGCCUGGCGGCGGCCGUGGCCGCCUCGCCCGCGCCCGCGUCGCCGCAAACGCAGCUGUCGCAAGACCGGCCCAGUCCGGUCGGGUCCUCGACAGCGCUGCUCCGUGCCAUGGCGGGCGGCGUCAGCGGCGCCGCCGCAGGUGCUGCCGCCGCCGCAGGCGCUGCCGCAGGCGCUGCCGCAGGCGCUGCCGCAGGCGCUGCCGCAGGCGGUGCCGCCAGCGCCAGCGGCGCCACCAUGGGCAUCAUCCAUGAGGACGAGGAGGCGGGCAGCGAGGAUGAUGGCGCCGGCGCCGGCGUCAAGCGCCGGUCGGAACCGGGCGGCAUCCGAAGCGCUGCCUCGCCGCUGCCGCCCGCCUCACCGCUGCUGCUAGGGGCACUGCCGCCGAGGCCGUCGCCGCACACCACACUGCGCAGCCAGAGCAUGCACGUCUUCGGCAGCCUGCUGGGCGGCGGCGGCGGCCCCGCGGCCAAGCCCGGCGCCCUGACCCCCGUGGUGGGUACGGACUCCAGCGCCAGUGGACAGGCGCUGCCGCUGACGGGAGUGGCCACGGCAGCGGCGUCGCCGCUGGUCGGCACGGGCGGCGGCGGUGGUGGCAGCCCGGGCGUGCUGCACCGGCUGCUGGGGGAGCAGCAGCGCAUGACCAUGCAGCUGCCGGGCACAUCUGGCUAUCGCCGGGGAGGCAGUGGCGAGGCGGCGGGUGCGGCGGCGUCAUCGCCGCCAAUGGCGUCGCAGCCAUCCCUCCGCCGCUCGUCCGACGGCGGCGAUGCCGGGCCGGUCGAACCGGCGGCGGAGCCCCUCCCGCAGCCCGUCAUACGGGCUGACAUGGCAGCGGCAGCGCCUGAGGUGGCUGGGGUGGACGGCGCGGCGGCGGUGGAGGCGCACGAGGCAGAAACGGCGCUGGCGGCGGAGUCUUCGCUGACGUCGGCGGCGUCGAGGCUGCGGCUGCAGGAGCGCGUCAAGCGCCACAGCUGGGGUGGCACCCUCAUGGCCCAACGCAGUGCCGGUAACCUGUCCAUGCGCAGCAGUGGCGGCGCGGGAAGCGGCGGCGGAGCCGCUACGGCCGCCCCUGGCGGCAGUGAGGGCGGCGCCGGGCGGCCGCAGCCGCCGCGCGGUGAGUCGCGCGCGCUGCUGGCACCCGACCUGUCAUACAAUUCGUCAUCUGCCGCGACGGUGCAGCCGUCGGAGGAAGCCAGCUCCGUGGUGUUCGGCGGCGCCGUGCCGGCCCCCACAGAUGAAGCCAGUGGGCCGGCAGCACAGCCGCCGGCGCACAACGCUACCGCCGCCGCGGCAGCUGCGGCUGCCUUUGCACCCCAGCCGCCGCAGCCACAGCCGCAGCCGUGGGCGCAGGAAACAGUGGUGUCUAGCCCGCGCGCUUCAGGCGCCGGCAGCCACCUCGCAAGACUGGUGGUAGAGGUGCCGGCCGCGGCGUCACCACCGCGGCCGUCCACACACGAUCGCUCCGAGUCUACCUGCGGCGCCACCAGCUCACCACGCCCACCCGCCUCGCCACGCAACCCGCAGCCCGCGUCGCCGAGGCCGUCACUCGGCACGUCCGGCGCUGCCACCGGCGCCUCGGCUGUCGCCGCCAUCUCGCCCAUGGCUGCUGCCGCCCUCACGGCACCUGCAGCCGCUGCGGCUGCAGCCGCAGCCGAGCAGGUGGCUACAGCUACCGCCGCCGUGGCUGCAGCAGCUGACGCUGAUGUGCCUGGGCAGCACCGGUUGGCGCGGCCGCCAUCUGCGCUGAUGGUCCCGGCGCCGCCACAAGGUCCUGCUUCGCCGCGCGGCGGCAGCGGCAGCGGCUACUGGUCACCGGGCAGCCGUAGCGUCAGCGGCGCGAGCACCGCCGCCGCCAGCACCAGCAGUUUGGGCACCGGCGGUGCUGCUGCCAGUAGCACCACCGCCAGCGGCAGUAGCAGUUUGUCGCGGGGCUUCUCUGGCCGUGCGCUGCUGCGGCUGUCUGUGAACAGCCCCUCGAACUCCCUGCCCGGGGAGGCGGCGCCUGUGGCAGCAGCGGCUGGCUAUCCCUCAUCAUCGCCCGCGUCAAGCUCGGGCGAGGUGCCGCCGUCUUUGCCGCAGCCGCUGGCAAGGAUGCCGUCCUUGCAGCGGGUACUGGGACCGUCGCCGCUGAGCAUUUCGGGCGCGGCGCCGGAGGCGGAAGGCGGCGGCAGCGCCAGCAGCCUCGCGAGCCAGGGGCCUGGCCCGUUGGGGGCGUACGCUGUUGGUGACGCAGAGGGUUCGAACAAGGAGGCAGAAGGGGCCGUUGGGGAUGGGGUCGAGCUGCAGUCGUUGCCCAGGUGGAGCGGGGUGCCGCGGUCUGGGUCUGUGCGCUCCGGCGCAACCACACGGCGUGAAUACUGAGCGUGAAGCAGGCUGACUCCCUAGAGACGCGGAGGGCUGGAUUGGCUCGAACCCCUGGUGCUCAGGCUUGCUUGCUGUGAGUUCAGCUGGUGUCAUUGAGAGACCGUCCGGUGCCUUUGUAGACUUGACUUGUGCCGGGGCAUGGAAGGGUUGUGACCACUGUGAGCUCAGAGUGAUUUUGAGAACUGAAGGCCGCAUGGUGAUGUAUGGGAGGCACACGGCAUAGCGACUCAGUACGACAAAGGAGCUCGGGGCUUAUGCGCAUCAUUCAUUUAUUGAUACUCUGUCCCGGUCUAGCGGUGAUGUAGUGUCGUUGGCCCCCGCGUCCCACACAUGCAGACCCCUCUUCGUUGUUCCUGUGUGUGAGGCUAAGGCUUGUACCGCCGAUAUGCGAGUAAGGCAGUUGAUUUGUGUGGAAGCUUUGCGAAGCAACUUGUCUGAAGUACUUUGCAGGGCUGUGGGCAGGAGGAUGCAUAAACGUUGGCUCUGACCUUGAGUUCAGUACACAGGCUCAUGAAUUGCAGGAGCCCUGUGUCUGCUUGGGACGUUACUACCGGGGACAACUUGCUUGGAUCCGCUUAUCCCAGUGUGUACGCAGAUUGCCUGUUGUUACGAUGGAGGGGUCCGAGCUUGUGGUGUGUGCCGAGGUGCGGACAGGUGCGGCGCAUCUCGUCAUCUUGGCAGCGCUCCUCUUGCUGUUGCUGCUGCUGUUCCUGCUACGGAGCACUUCGGAUGUUGGCCGGUGGGCAGCGGGCACUGAUGGAUACACAUACGGCGACGAGCAUGGGCAUGGGUAUGAGCCUACGAGGGCCACCAGCGGCACAGACCUCUUCAGGGCACCGCACGCCCGCAUGGGGUUGUGUAUUGGACCCGCGUACGGUAGUGGUUUGUAGGCUGCGCUGGCAGUUUCAAAUGCGUGCUGUAAGAACAUUACGUC